AUGAAAAAAGCGAGAAUACUGCAGAGCGCAGGGUCUGUACUACUAUACAUUUCCUCUGUCUAUUCCUUCUAUAAUGAAAAUGCAAUUCGGUGCCAAUUAUUCGGGAUAAACUAUAAUGACUGCAUUGGGUCUGUCUAUAGGCCUUCUCCUACAUAUGACUCAUACAUUAAGAGCUUUAAUUUGCCUAUUCAUAAAGAUGACGCAUGUGCAUACAGUAUAUGCAAGGCAGCAGUUCUUGGGAGCGGUGAGAAUAGAUUUAUAAGCAUUGCACAGAAUGCACAUCCCCCGGGUGCCUGUCUCUGCUUGGGGUCUGCCCACUGCGGAUGCGAUACAGUUGCUAUUUCCCCACCACAGUUAAAGACGAUAUACCAAGUUCCAAUGGAAACAAUUACUCCGACUCAUUUAAUAGUCACGCAAACUGUCAGUCACACAAAAACUGUUGUGGUAAAAGUAACUGAGCCACCUGCAGAGAAAAGCAUUAUCGAGCUAGAACCUACAAGCACCCCCAUGCUGCCCCUUCUGGAGCCUGGAAAUCAAAAUAAUAUCGCGCAGCAAGAACUUCUUAUAAAGCUAAGCAAGCAGAUAGAACUGCUUACAUCAGACAAACCAGAGACUCGCCCAAAACUGCCGAAUUAUGAAAUGGUGCAGACCAGUCAGUUAGAACCCAUAAUAACACCAGGCCCUUUGUCGGUCCCAGAUGUCCAGCAGCAUGGAAGUAUUAUUACCAUUCCAUACUCUACUACUACUACAACAGUCCAAGUUACAGUUCCAGUAUACAAAACAAAAGUCAGAACACAAUAUGUGGUAAACACAGUAGACAACUUUACAACAGAAACACUAACUAAAACACAGACUAAGACGGUUACUACAACAAAGAAUAAGACUUUGCACAGCACAGUCACAGAAACCAUUAGUGAUCAUGUGGAGAGAACAAAGUUCCGAACUGUUUAUAUGCCUAAGACAGUUACUGUGGAUAAGACAUCCACAUUUACAUCAUAUCUAUCAAAGACCACUACUGUUACAUCUAUUGUUAAGCCAACAAAGUUAGUAAACUCAAUUACACCAGCAGAAACUUCUUCAGUAGAAAAGAACAGAGGAAGAAUUUCACUUUCUUCUGUCGGUAUUGGAAGCAAACGGCCAUCCAGGGGGACAGAAAAGAAAUACUUUAUUGUGCAGCAGGAGAUAAAGAACAAGCUUGUAUGCAGGCAGGGAUGCACAAAUCCAAAGGUGCAGCUCUCUGGUGAGUGCCCAAUUGGCUCAAUUCAAGCCUGUCCACCGGCGCACAUUCAGCCGGGGUUUAAUGUCUCUAUGCUGAAUAAAAGGGAAGCAGGACUGGAGUGCAAAGAUGCAAAUUGCACAGAACUAGUGAAGACAAUAUAUGUCAAUGCAACAGAAACUUUGCCUAAGCCCAAGCAGAUCAUUCAGGUUGGACAAUCUAGUCAAUCCAGUCAAUCCAGCGAAAUGUCACAGUCCAGUCAAGUUUCCCAUCUAAAAACUGGCUAA